UUCCUCAGGAAAGUGAUCUCGUAACACCGGUAGCGCGCGUGGACAACAGCAAUGUACGCGCUUUAAAUAAAUGAAGAAGAGCAAGAUUUGGGUUCAACGAAAGGUAACGACAGUCGACCUGUGAUUGAGGUGUAUAGAUCGAUCGCUAAAAAUUACCUGUGUUACCAUGGCAGCAUAGAUCUGUGUCUGUCUCCCAUCAUGACCAUUGUAACACAGCUGUACCUGCUGCUGUGGAAAAACUUCACGUACCGCAGAAGAAACAAGGUCCAACUGGCCAUUGAACUCCUCUGGCCGCUCUUCCUCUUUCUCAUCCUCAUCGCUGUUCGUCAAUACCAUCCGCCGUAUAAACAGAGUCAAUGUCAUUUUCCCAACAAGGCUCUUCCAUCCGCUGGCACACUUGCUUGGCUUCAGGGCAUCGUCUGCAAUAUCAACAACCCCUGCUUUCAUGACCCAACGCCUGGAGAGACACCCGGGCGAGUGAGCAACUUCGACAACUCCAUACUCUCACGGCUUUUCGUGGAUAUUAGCACCGUCCUCGGGGUCAGUGGAAACCGGACGGCUCUCUCUGGCCUACAGGACCUGUCAUUGGCAGUGCAGAGACUCGGGGAAAGACCAGAUGCUUGGCCAAAUCUUCCAGUCGGAGAAUAUCUGAAAGCCAAUGAAAGUUUCACGUCCUUCCUGAGGUCAAACACCAGCAUCCCUCCAGAGUAUGUUGAUCAGUUACUGAGGGCCCGACUGAACCUCCAAGUGAUGACCUUAGCAGGAGGUGGGAUGCGUCUGUCUGACAUCGUCUGUAAUGCGUCUCUCUUAAGUCGUUACCUCACUGUUAGUGAAGAAGAUUCGUACCCUGACCUACAGGAGGCGCUGUGUGCGGUGCCCUCAGAUAUCAUGCAGAGAGCCGAGCAGAUCUUUCUCUCCCAGCUUGACUUCAGUAAGAUCCUCACGAGAGAAAGACUGAGAGCAAACGUGGGCGAUCUGCGCCUCAUAAGCAGAUCCGUUUCUUCGGUGUCUCGGGAACUGGCGUCGGUUAUGGAUGAAAUCUCCUCUCUCUCCAGUUUCACACAGCUUAACAGAGAGCUCAGGCUUUUAACACCUGCGAACCGAUCUGCGCCGCCGCGCGAGAGCUUUCGUGCCUUUUCCAGGAUCGUGUGCGGCCACCCGGAGGCCGGCGGAGAAAGAAUCCCAUCAUUCAACUGGUAUGAGGACCAAGACAUUAAAUCUUUCCUGGGCAGAAACGGAUCGGAAGAAACAAAGCUGGGAAAUGAUGAAAACAACACCACUCCAUUUUGUGAAAACUUGAUUCGAAGCCUCGAGUCAAACCCUCUCUCCCGGAUUGUGUGGCGUGGUAUCAAGCCACUGUUUAUUGGGAAGCUCCUAUACACACCUGACACGCCGGUCACCCGUGCAGUCAUGGCAGAGGUAAACAAAACAUUUCAGGACUUCCAGAUUCUGAAUGAGGUGAUGGAGGCGUGGCAGGAAGUGGGUCCCAGAAUCAGAACCUUCAUGGAGAGCAGCGUGGAAAUCCGCCUCUUGCGGGAUCUUCUGAGGAGGCCUGAGGUGGCAAUAGUUUUGAACCUACGCUUGGCGGGCACCUCCUGGACAGCAUCUCGGAUCGCCCGGUUCCUCUCCGCACCUGACCCGGACACGCCCCCUAAGGAUGGAGCUCCACCCACGUGGCUGGAUCUGUACCAAGAUGUAGAUAACACUAUUAGAACUCUGUCAGAGUUCACUAAGUGCUUUUCUGUAAAUAAACUGGAGGGUUUGGCCACAGAGGGUGAGCUGGUUGAACGAGCCCUGGAGCUGCUCGAAGGUCGUCAGUUUUGGGCUGGAAUCGUCUUCCUUCUCCCAGACCCUUCAUCAUCCUCACUGCCUCCCCACGUCAAGUACAAGAUCCGUAUGGACAUCGAUGACGUAACCCGCACGAACAAGAUCAAAGACAAAUUUUGGGAUCCAGGCCCGGCUGCUGAGCCCUUCAGUGACCUUCGCUACGUUCGGGGCGGUUUUAUUUAUGUGCAAGACUUAGUAGAGAGAGCCGUGACCCGUUUACACACCGAUAAAGAGACAAAUAUGGGCAUAUAUGUGCAGCAGAUGCCUUACCCCUGCUUCGUGGAUGAUGUGUUCAUACGUGUCUUGAAUCGUUCUUUGCCUCUGUUCAUGACACUGGCGUGGAUCUAUUCAGUGGCGAUGAUAAUAAAGGGUGUGGUGUAUGAGAAAGAGGCUCGUCUGAAAGAGACCAUGCGUAUUAUGGGACUGAGCUCUGGAAUGCUGUGGCUCAGCUGGUUCAUCAGCAGUUUCUUGCCCUUCCUCUUCAGCGCUGGACUCCUUAUCGCCGCCCUUAAGGUUGGAGAUAUUUUACCCUACAGCGACCCAGCCGUCGUCUUCUUCUUUCUGACUGCAUUUGCUACGGCCACCAUCAUGCUUUGCUUUCUCAUCAGCACGUUCUUCUCGCGUGCAAACCUGGCAGCAGCGUGUGGAGGACUUGUUUACUUCGCCCUGUAUCUGCCGUAUGUGCUGUGCCUGGCCUGGAGAGAAUAUCUGACCAGCACACACAGGAUCUUAGCAAGCUUCUUGUCUCCUGUGGCCUUUGGCUUUGGCUGUGAGUAUUUCUCUCAGUAUGAGGAACAGGGUGUCGGGAUCCAGUGGUUCAACUUGAGAUCAAGUCCCGUUGAGGGAGACAGUUACAACUUUACCACCUCCAUUAUUAUGCUCUAUGUAGACGCUGUCAUCUAUGCAUUGGCCACCUGGUACAUAGAAGCUGUCUUUCCAGGGCAGUAUGGGAUUCCCAGACCGUGGUAUUUUAUCUUCCAGCUGAAUUAUUGGGGAGGAGUUCCUCUGGAGGUGGGCUUACCUGUUCCUCCAGCACCCGAGGAGCAACUAGAUAAUCGGAUUGAAGCCGAGCCAACCAACCUCAUUCUGGGAGUUGCCAUAAGGAACUUAGUAAAGAUUUAUAAAAAAGGGGCCAAGCUUGCUGUCAAUCAUCUUAACAUGAAGUUCUACGAGGGCCAAAUAACUUCCUUUCUGGGUCAUAAUGGUGCUGGCAAGACAACCACCAUGUCAAUACUAACUGGCCUGUUCCCUCCCACUGCUGGUACGAUCUAUGUGAAGGGAAUGGACAUCCGCGCGGAUAUGGAUAUCAUCCGCAAGGCUUUGGGAGUUUGUCCCCAACACAAUGUUCUCUUCGACAUUUUGACAGUGGAGGAACACGUUUGGUUUUACGGUCGGAUGAAGGGUAUGAACACAGAGCAAGUGAAUGCAGAGAUAAACACACUUCUGGAGGAUGUGGGCUUACAACACAAGCGCCACGAGCAAACCAAAAAUCUUUCAGGCGGUAUGCAAAGAAAGCUAUCCGUGGCCAUUGCAUUCAUUGGAGGGUCAAAGGUCGUGGUCUUGGAUGAGCCCACAGCUGGAGUGGACCCCUACUCACGCCGUGGGAUUUGGGACCUUCUGCUCAAAUAUCGUGAAGGGCGCACAAUCAUUCUUUCUACACAUUAUAUGGAUGAGGCCGAUCUCCUAGGCGACCGCAUCGCCAUCAUUUCCCAGGGAAAGCUUUGCUGUUGCGGCACACCUCUUUUUCUAAAGGCGCGCCUCGGGACGGGGUAUUACCUUACACUGGUUAAGAGAGAGAUGCACGGGACACCCAGCACAACCAGCACAGGCAAACCGCCCUCAACCACAUUAAACAAGGACAGUGUUUCCUCUUUAAGUGAUGACACUGGAUUGGGCAGCGAGGAUAAUGGAUUUGAUGUGUCUGGUCUGGUGGCCCUCGCGCAGCAGUACAUCCCUGACGCUCAGCUGGUGGAGGACAUCGGCAGAGAGGCGGUGAUCAAUCUGCCUCACGCUGCCUCUGAGGACGGGAGUCUCGCCCUCUUCCUACACGAGCUGGACAAACGGCAGGGCGAGUUUGGGGUGGUCAGUUACGGGCUGUCCGACACCACGUUAGAAGAGAUCUUUUUGCGGGUAGCAGAAGAGACCGGUGUGGAUGCAGACCCUGAGGUCCCUGUUGGGCCUCCAGGCCACCAGGGGGCGCCAUCUGAGACUAAAGAUAUAGGAUGGAAACAGCCAAUCAGGAAAGAAGCCCAGGAGACUGAUCCGCUGAGUGGGAUGGGUCAGGGGGGCGGGGCUCCUCUCACAGGCUGGUUCCUCACGUGGCAGCAGCUUCGAGCGCUUUUCAUCAAGAGGAUGAAGUACGCGCUUCGCAGUCGCAGAGGCAUUUUUGCACAGAUUGUUCUGCCUGCAGUUUUUGUUCUCAUCGCUUUACUAUUCAGUCUCAUCGUCCCACCGUUUGGUAAAUAUCCACCUCUGGAGCUCCAGCCGUGGAUGUAUGGAGAACAGUUCACAUUUUUUAGCAACGAUGCCCCACAAGACCCGGACAUACAGAAACUUCUGGACGCUUUGCUUGAUCCACCUGGGUUUGGGACCAAAUGUAUGAACUCAAGCAGCGACCAGGAGUGUUUAGGGGACGUCAGCUCAGCGUUUCUCCGGCCCCAGCUUCCAUACAGCACAUGGCAGCUUUUUAAUAAAGGAAACUGGAGCACGGCGCACCCGUCUCCUGAAUGUGAAUGCAGUACUGAGAAUAUCCGCAGGAUGCUUCCCGACUGCCCAGAAGGAGCAGGAGGUCUCCCACCUCCACAGAUGAAACGAUUGACAGGUGAUUUCUUGCAGAAUUUGACUGGGCGCAACAUUUCUGACUACCUCAUCAAAACAUAUCCACAAAUAUUGAAGAAAAGCUUGAAGACAAAGAAAUGGGUGAAUGAAUUCAGAUAUGGAGGUUUUUCUUUGGGGGCUAAAAGCUCUCAGGCUGUUGAUGAUCCACUUUACCUGGAAGAGUCUGUGUUGGCCAUUAGAAGACGCUACAGCAUUGCAGAGAAUAGCUCUUUAGAUCAGCUUCUUUACAGACUACCAGAUGUCCUCAAAGGCCUCACCAGCCAAAACAAUGUGAAGGUCUGGUUUAAUAAUAAAGGAUGGCACGCCAUGGCAUCGUUCGUGAACAUCAUGAACAACGGUCUACUACGUGCAAACCUGCCGCCAGACCAGGAAAGACGCAAAUAUGGCAUAACAGCCUACAAUCACCCGCUCAACCUCACAAAAGAGCAGCUGUCAGAGGUGGCCCUGAUGACCACCUCAGUAGACGUCCUUGUCUCCAUAUGUGUUAUCUUCGCCAUGUCAUUCGUUCCUGCCAGUUUCGUGCUGUUCCUCAUUGAGGAACGUGUCAGUAAAUCCAAACACCUGCAGUUUGUCAGUGGAGUGAAGCCUAUACUGUAUUGGACCACCAACUAUAUAUGGGACAUGUUGAACUACACAGUUCCUGCCAUCAUGGUUGUCCUGAUCUUCAUCAGUUUCCAGCAGGAAUCGUACGUAUCUGAGAAGAAUCUGCCUGCGUUGGUUCUUCUACUGCUAUUUUAUGGCUGGUCCAUCACUCCACUUAUGUAUCCGGCAUCCUUCAUCUUCUCAGUCCCUAGCACCGCUUACGUCGUGCUCACCUGCAUCAACCUCUUCAUCGGCAUCAAUGGCAGCGUCGCCACCUUCGUCCUGGAGCUUUUUAUCGAUGAGCAUCUGAACGAGGUCAACAGAAUCUUGAAGAAAGUUUUCCUGAUCUUCCCUCACUUCUGUCUGGGUCGAGGUCUCAUUGACAUGGCCAAAAACCAGGCCAUGGCAGAUGCAUUUCAGCGACUGGGAACCAAACAGAAUCUGGAGCCUUUAUCCUGGGAUUUCGUUGGGAAGAAUUUGUUUGCCAUGGCGAUGCAAGGGAUCGUGUUUUUCAUUUUCACUCUUCUACUGCAAUAUAAAUUCUUCAUUAAUUUGAGCCGGUGGUCUGGCUUUGUGCUGCCCCCUCUUGGCGCGGAGGAUGAAGAUGUUGCCAGAGAAAGAGAGCGUGUGAAGAAUGGUCGAGCUCAGGGAGACAUUCUCACCCUUACAGACCUAAGUAAAGUUUAUAAGGCGGGCAGGAAGCCAGCAGUAAAUCGGCUUUGCUUGGGAAUUCCUCGAGGAGAGUGUUUUGGACUUCUGGGUGUUAACGGAGCUGGAAAAACCUCAACAUUUCGUAUGCUGACUGGAGACACGAGCAUCACUUAUGGAGAAGCGUUUCUUAGCAACCACAGUGUUUUUACAGAAAUGGAAAAGGUUCACCAGCUAAUGGGCUACUGCCCUCAGUUUGACGCCAUCAGCGACCUGCUAACAGGUCGCGAGCACCUGGAGUUUUACGCUCGCCUCAGAGGAGUGCCAGAAGCUCAUGUUACAAAGGUGGCGCAGUGGGGUGUGCAAAAGCUCGGUCUAAGUCAGUACGCCGAGCGAGUGGCUGGCAGCUACAGCGGAGGAAAUAAACGCAAACUGUCCACCGCCAUUUCACUCAUCGGAGCCGCGCCUGUCAUCUUCCUGGAUGAACCCACAACUGGUAUGGACCCGAAAGCCAAACGCUUCCUCUGGAACUGUAUCCUCAGUGUGAUUAAAGAGGGGCGAGCUGUUGUUCUCACAUCUCACAGUAUGGAAGAAUGUGAGGCUCUGUGCACCCGAAUGGCCAUUAUGGUAAACGGCAGAUUUCAGUGUCUGGGCUCAGUUCAACACCUGAAGAACAGGUUUGGGGACGGGUACACCAUAAUCCUUCGCUUGUCCGCUCCGUCUAAAGAGCCGUGCCCGGUGGACAGCUACAUCAGGAACUCCUUUCCGGGGAUUCAGCUAAAGGAGAGGCAUCAGAACGUUCUCCAUUACCAGCUGCCAUCACAAGCCUGUUCACUGUCUCGUGUCUUUGAGGUUUUGUCAAAUAACUAUAAGGAGUUGGGAAUAGCUGACUACUCUGUGUCACAGACAACACUGGAUCAGGUGUUUGUUAACUUCGCAAAAGAGCAGACGGAUGACGAUCAACUCGGGGAGGUCACGGUGAACGGCGGAUCUUUCCCAGCUCAAACCAGCAGACCUCAGCGACCCACUCAUCUCAAACUAGAGAACCCCAACAGACCGCUCACACCUUCAUCUUCCUCCACAGGUCAAGCUGCUAACUCGAGACAAAGCCCAGAUCGGCCAGCUGGAUCGAAGACUAAAAAAAAGGGCGGAUCAAACAGUCCAUCGAUCUGCAGACAGCAGAAGCAGCACAUCCCAAUGGAAACUGUUGGCGAGGCCGCUAACGGAUCAAAACCCGCUGGACGGCAGGCGUCUCGGAGCAAAGACCCAUCCACGCUGUUUAUUGUUAGAAGCAAAACACAGGACAGCAAAAUGUGAAACGACAAAGACAUUGGAGUUGAGGUGGCACACCAGUGAUGAUCUGAGGUGCAUUGUGGUUCUUCCAUGUUUGGUGCCUUUAUCUCUCUUAGUUAUCUGAACCAAAUGUAGUUAGCCUGAAUGCAAUCAUUCAAACAAUCUGUCAGUUAGUGGUUCACCGUUCAAUGGCCAAUACGCAAAGUAAGAAAGCACUGUGCAAAUGCCUAAAAAAACUGAUAAUGGCAUAAUACAAUGUUUGCGAAAGAGCUGUAGAGUCAAGUCAAUUUAACAGAAUAUUUAAAAAAUGAUGUACAGAAUAUUGAUUUAAAAAUCGAAAUGAAAUUUUGAUAACAGGAAUGUAUAAAAUAAUUUUUAAUUUGCAAAAGAGGUAAGCAACACUUCUGAUUUUAUUUAGUGGACAUAAUGUAAGUAUUAUACUGGUGUAUUAUACUGGUAUAGUCAUUUUAGAAAGGCCAAAUAUAUCGGCAUAACAUCAAUCAGGCAUUUUAUUCUGCAAUUUUUCAUUGAUUGUUUUGGUUUAUUUUUGAUACUUGAAGUUAGGCUAAACUAAUGGUGAAAAAUUUCUCAGGCCUUUUUAUGUUAUACAUUAUCUUUGUGUAUUGCACUUAUUUUAGUUUUUGAUUGGUGCAAAUUAUUUGAACAUUGUUUUUGAUGAAGAUGUUACGUAAUGUAGGACCUAUUUAUUUCUCUUCUUUCUUGGCAUCAAACUCAGAAACUGCCUUUAUGUGUUCAAUAUUUAUAUUUAUUUCAUCUUUUGUACUGUUUCAGAGGCAUUAUGUUGCGUUUCAGACACCUCGGAUUUAGUAUAUUUCCCUUAAAAUAAAUAAUAACGUCAAAUUAGUAUUUGUAUAACAUAAAAUAACAUUACAACAUUAUGUUACAAAUUAUUAAUAACAUCAAAACAUUGAAAUUGUUUAGUAAUAUUUAAAGAGCGCGCUUUCCAGACAUAAUUUCCGGGUUGAGGUGGGAAAUAUCCUAAAUCUGAGUUGUCUGGAAGAUAGCAUUAGUCUUUUUGUUGCACUUUAGCAAUGUUUUAGCCAGUCUUAUCAUUGUACUGUAUCUCAUUGCACUUCAGUGAUUGUUACAAUACUUCAUACAUAGCCUACUUUAAAUUUAGUAUUAUGGAUGAAAUGAAUGAGUAAAGUGAAGUUUGCAGACUUCCUUGUGUGCAUGGCUGUACGUUAAAAUGCUGGGAAUGUAUAUACAAACAUAUAUAUAUAUAUAUA